AUGACGGCCAUCGCCGCGCUCGACGUCGCCGCGCUCAAGGCGGAGUGCCGGCGCCGCCGCAUCGACAUCUCGUGCCUUCUGGAGAAGAGCGAGCUCCAGGCGGCGCUCCUCUCGGCGCGCUACUACGAGGACCCUGAGCAGGACGUCGCGUGCGCCGUCUGUGGCGAGUUUGACGACGAGGAGGGCAACGACCUGCUGCUGUGCGAUGGGGCGGGCUGCCGCGCCGCGCACCACCUCCGCUGCCUCUCACCACCGCUGCUAUCCGUGCCGGCCGGGUGCUGGCUCUGCCCGCGCUGCACGGAUAAGUCCGAUCGGCCGGUGGAUCGGAUGCCACUGGGCGAGGUCAAGGCGGAGCUGCUGCGGCGCGGCGUGCGCACAGCGGGGCUGCUCGAGAAGCAUGAGGAGAGCGAUCUCGACCUGCUGACACCGCGACUCGUGCGGGCGGCGGUCGAGGAGCGGCUCGGCCUGCCGGCGGGCAGCCUCAAGGCGGAGAGGGAGCAGAUCGCGCAGCACAUCGACCGAGCACUGAGGGAGCUGCGCGGUGAGAGGGGCUGA